CGGCGAGGAGGGGAAGCCGGUGGCCGCGGCGGCGGAACGGGCGGAGGCUGCCGGUUUCGUAAUCGUCGCUCCUCCUCGCUGACUCGCGGGCUGGGAGGCCUGGGUCUGAUCGGGCCACGCCGUGCGUGGCCUCUCGGAGUGGAGGCCGCCUGGGGGCGGGCGGGCUGGAGGCGCAGACUUCUGAAACAUUGGAACACUUAGCUGGCAGGUGCUAUAGACUUCUCAGCAUGAUCAACUAAUGGUCGCCUGCUGUCUUAGGUACAUGUGAAGAUUUUUUUUUGGCAGUUUCGUGAGGAAGCGAUUGAUCACCUUGUUCUCAUUUUGCCUGAUCUGUGUUGGCAAGCGCAAGUGCCCAAAUGAGCAAGAUAGUGCAGCACAGCGGUGCUCCAGGAGUGAACGGAAUCAGUGUCAUUCAUACGCAGGCACAGGCCAGCGGCCUGCAGCAGGUUCCUCAGCUGGUGCCUGCUGGCCCCGGAGGAGGAGGCAAAGCUGCGGCUCCAAGCAAGCAGAGCAAGAAGAGUUCACCCAUGGAUCGGAAUAGUGAUGAGUAUCGGCAGCGCCGAGAGAGGAACAACAUGGCUGUGAAAAAAAGCCGAUUGAAAAGCAAGCAGAAAGCACAAGACACGCUGCAGAGGGUAAAUCAGCUCAAAGAAGAGAACGAACGGUUGGAAGCAAAAAUUAAAUUGCUGACAAAGGAAUUAAGUGUACUGAAAGAUUUGUUUCUUGAGCAUGCACACAACCUUGCAGACAACGUGCAGCCCAUUAGCACUGAAAAUACUACAACAAAUUCUGAUGCUGCAGGACAGUAGACCUCAUCCUUCCAGACUUCCGCAGCUGUGACUUGAACAUUGCAAGUGUGACCACCUGCACCACUCAGAUGUUCAUGGCUGAAUGUUGUCCCUUCCAUUACUCAAAGAUCCAUUGGAGAUUGUUUUCUAGGAUCAGCACUGAAGAGUUGACUAGCUGUGUCAUUUAAAUAUCUGAUUUUAAAUGAUGUGCAUUUUUGUGGAAAUUGAAAAACAAAAAUUUUUAAGGUAUAUGGUAAAAUAAAAAAACGUAUCUUGGACCUUAAUGUUCUUAAUAAAUCCUAACUUCCCAAGCAAUAUUUCUGUUGAGGAAUGGGAAUCAGGUCAUGCAGAAGGUUCUCCGUUUUAAUAGAUAUAAGUAUUGGAUUAGGAAAAGUUGAAUUCCAUCUGUGUUAAUGUUAUUUGUGAUUUUAUUCUAAAUUAUUCCUAGGACAUAGAAACUAAUCAUUUUGGAGCGAUUUUUGAUUUAAAAGAAACUCCAUCAUAUCUUAAAGGCAAUAUGCAUUUAAAUGGCUUAACAAUAGAAUUAAAAAAGUUAAGCAUAUUAGGAUUAUGAUUUAGGGAUACCUUUAGGUAUUGGAUUGAUAUUAUUUUAUGUCCUAAAAAAAAUUCAUUUGUGUACCAGAAUUUUAGUUUCUGCAGAUGCUAAUAAACCUUUUUUUUUUUUUUGAAUCAUUUUGAAAGUCAAGUUAGUAAAUAAAAUGUCUUAACAGUUAGACACCAUAAGUUACUGAUUUUGAUUUGGAAUAUUAAUUGAGCUUGUAGUUUCUUCUGUGUUUCAAAUAAAUUGCUACAGGGCCAUGACUUUUAAAAGGCAAAAAUUUAUUGUGAAAAAAAAUAUUAUGAAGUACCAUUUUGGGAUUUAAUCUUAACCCAAUAAAUUACUAGAAAAAUAUAUCAACUCCAUGCCAUCUCCCAACAAUAGUCUAAGAAAACUUGAAAGUAUAAGGUUUAAACCUUUUAAUUUAUUUUGCUUAAAUACAUCUGUUUGUGUUUUUUGUUGUUUUUUUUUUCUGUGAUAAUUCUUUUAGUUAGUGGCCUGUUCUUGUAGACUUUCAUGUACCACUGCUUCAAAGUUUAGAGCUUUGGGAAUUGUAGAGUGAUUAUUAGUUCAUUAUAUGCUUUUAUGUCCCAUAAAUUAUUUUUGAAAGAAAAUGCUAGUAAAACUCAGGAUAUUGACAUUUAUUUUUAUGGUGACAAAAAUGGCAAUCACUAAUGUUAGGCGUCUCUAGAGUUGGUGUUACAUCACUGUUGGUAGUUUAGAUCGUACGUGUUAACUUUGUCUUUGAGCCUGAUUCUAGCCCAAGUUAGUUGGCUUCUGUGCAUUGUUUUGUGCCUGGGAUUGUGACUAGACAGUCGGACCCGUUUAAAGUUUGUGGUACUAGGUUUCGUAUUUGAAUAUGAUCAUUUCUGGCCACACUGCUAUUUUCUACUAGGACUUGGGAUAAUGUAACUCAGUUUGCACCCUAGGUUUGAUGGAAGUGUGCUGACUGUGCUGUUCUCCUGUGCAGAAGACCACACCGUGCCCUGCAGCUCAGCAGAGAUUUUUAGGGCUAUCGGUUCCUUGCAUAUGUGAUUGGAGCCAGGCAUUGUUCCAUGAAAUGCUUCUCUGGGGGGGCUGUUGACUCCCCAUAAAAUCAGGCAAUGGUUGAUUUUUUUCUUAUUUUAUGUUAGGGUCCAGCAGCAGUUUACUUUGAUCAGUCUAUUCAUAGAAGUUGUUAGAUACUCAGAUAACUAGGGCUUACCAACAGAGGCCCACUGAAUCUAGUAGCUUACUGAUGUUAUAUAAUUAACUUAAUGGGAGCUGUAGUUAGGCCACUUGGACCUUUGAACACCUGUAAUAGGUGUUACAGUUUAAUCCCUUCUUUAAAAAAAAUGAUGUUCACAUGGAAUUUGUGGCUAUCUGGGAUAUGAAAAAAUGCUGUAGGGAGAUCAUCAGGAGUGUGUAUGCAGUACUUCAAGUCAGAACAUGAGAUUGGGAGUUUGAGAAAGAUUGAUUCAAGCUUUCCUGUUGCCUGUGCAAUAGGUAACUGAACCCAAUUGAAUAUGAAGAAUUGAACACAUACAAUCAUGCAUGGGAUAAAAAUGCUAAGCAGUGUUUAGACUAUUCUACUCAAGUGGUUAAAAAUGUUUCCUGUGAUAGAUUCAUCAGUAAAAGAGAAACCGAGUGUCAGGAGUGAAUAGGUUUAGGGUUUUGGGAUUUGUAAAGCGACUGUUGAAACUUUUGAGUUUGUAACUUAUGAACCAUUAAGAUUUGAUCUUUAGCACCUGCCUUGCAAGCAGGCAGUCAUGAGUUCAAUCCCUGGUACCGAUAAAAACGAAAAAGACAAAAAAAAAAAAAAAAAAGAUUUGAUCUUUACAUGCAGGUCCAGUGGUUUGAGGAUUAGGCUGUAGUACAGGUCUCGAGUUGCAUCUGGGAUGGUGCCUUUGAUUGGUUCAGCCGCAGAUGGUGAGUACAGGGCAGCCCUUUCUGUGUCUGGCCCCUUUUAGUUGUGAUGCCAGUUCAGAUGCUUUGGACAUUCUUACUAAGAACUGGUAAGAUGUCACUAAAAUAUGACCAGGUUUUUAAAAUUCAGGUCCUGAAUGUAAAAAGUAGAAGUAUGUACAAUAUAUUAAAAGGAAGGAAAUUGUAGCAGCUUUGAUGUUUCUUAAUCCCUAUUAGAGGGCUGAAAUUUUGUACCUGAACAACCAUUUAGCACUCUGUGCUUUUUGAUGCCUUAGAAAUAGGAAAAAUAAUUUUUGUUUGACAAAGGGUAAGAAAGAAAAAGUUCAUUUUAUAGCUAGUUAGAUCUGCCUCAGGAAAAAGUACUAACUUGUCCUUCUUGUUCCUGGCUUUCAGUUUGUGAGAUUGCUCUAUUUUUUUAAUAUAAUUUUAUUUCUUUCAAUAAAUUCUAAAAUAAAAACUUUUGGAACAAUGA